GGUAUAUCCGGAUACGGCAUCGAUCUUACGGAACAUCUUGGGACCGUUGGCGAAACGAACUGCUCCAGGGCGCCCAAGGCCGAGCAACUCAUGUGGAAAGCAAAUCGAGAUAAACUUGCGGCUGCCGCGAGUACAAAUGUGUCAAGCUCGUCGUCGUCCGUGGCGCUGAGUGGAGCUAACGUGUCGUCAAGUGCCUCGAUUGCCCGUCGAGGAAGCCAUCCGCGCGUGACCCCGUCCAAACUCCCUGGAAAGCCAGCAAGCAAGCUCAAAGCGCCGACAACGCAAGCCAUUGCCGAGAUUGAACAAAAGCGCGAAGAUCGGCGAAAAGCCAUGGCGCAGGUCAAGAAAGAGCGCGAUUACGAAAACAUGCUGAACGAACAAAAUGGAAACCCCGGUGAUGUGGAUUUUCAGCGCAUGAUCAAACAGUUCCGCGACCAGGAGCACCAAGAGCAACCGUUUGUGACGAAGGCCGACAUGCAAAUCACGAUAUGCGUGCGCAAGCGACCUGUCAACAAGCGCGAAGUAAAGGGCCGAGACUACGACUGCGUCACUUGCUGGCAUCCAAAGGUCAUUAUCCACGACUGUAAGCUCAAGGUCGACGGCAUCACAAAGUACUUGGACAGCAACGCCUUCGAGUUCGACCACAGCUUUGAUGAGUUCACGUCGAACGAAACGGUGUACAAGUAUACGGCACAGCCAUUGAUUCAAUUCAUCUUCAACGAGUGCGGUCGCGCGACUGUGUUUGCGUAUGGCCAAACCGGCAGCGGUAAAACGCACACGAUGGAAGGAAUUCAGCGGCAGGUGGCAGCUGACAUCUUUGUUGAGCUUGCCAAAUUUCAAACCAACGACCGGGCGCUUGAAGUGUGGCUGAGUUUUUUCGAGAUUUAUGGCGGGCAGUGCCAAGAUUUGCUGCGACAGAAGCGCCUCACGAUUCGCGAAGACGGCAACGGCGAGGUUCAGAUCGUCGACUUGGACGAAGUGAUCAUCGCGAGCGAAGCAGAGCUCCUCCAAGUGAUGCAGCGAGGCAAUGCUCUGCGCACCACGCACGCCACCGAGAUGAACGACCAGUCGUCUCGCUCCCACAGCAUUUGCCAGUUGAACAUCCGUGAAAAAGGAAGCUUGAAACUGCAUGGCAAGCUGUCCCUAAUUGAUUUGGCUGGCAGCGAGCGAGGCGCCGACACCAAGAGCCACAACCGCCAGCGCCGCAUGGAAUCGUCCGAGAUCAACAAGAGUCUGUUGGCGCUGAAAGAGUGCUUCAGGGCACUGGACAGCGGGGGAAGAGGCGCCCAUAUUCCAUUUCGAGCGAGCAAGCUCACGCAAGUCUUGAAGGACUCGUUUGUGAACACGAAAGCUAGAACGGUCAUGAUUGCUGCAGUGUCGCCGUGUGUAUCAUCGGCGGACCACACGAUCAACACGCUCCGAUAUGCCGAUCGCGUCAAAGAGAAGCAGGUGUCGGAUGACGUGGCUGACCCUGCCCAGGUCAAGUUUCGGCCCCUCGAAUCGUACAGACCCGGCUCGAGUCCGGACAAGCCGGCGCCCCUUGGUCCAAGCACGGGGAAUUCUCUGGCGGAUUUGAUGUCGCAGGCCGUGUGGCGCAACAUAGCCGACAUGACGAUCAAACCCGUCGAGGAAGCAACACCACAGCUGGCUGCGUUGAACGAAAACGACGACGAUGUAGAUGGCGAGAUGCGCGUGCGAAAGGACUCGUGCUCGAGCCAAGAUGACAUCAAGUUGCUCCACAGCUCGUUGCGUCGUCAAUCGCUGUAUCUCGUAGGAGGAGAUCACUCGCUGGAAGAGCUGCAUGGAGUGGUGCAAACCCUGUACGAAGAGCAAGAAAACUUGCUGAAUUGCCACAUGAGCGCCAUACAGGAAAACGCCGAGCUCUUGACAGAGGAAGGAAUGCUUCUCUCGGAAGUCCAAGGUGACGCUGUUGUCGACUACGACAUUGACUUGUACGCGUUGAGACUCGAUGAGAUCCUGGAGAAGAAGGAGCACACGAUCAAGCGCCUGCGCAAGCAAUUGGCGCUGUUCCGUCGCCGCUGCCAGGAAGAAGAGAGUGCAUCCAAGAACGUUGGCCAAGUGUCGUUCUACUAACAGCCCAUCGAUCCCACGGAUCACAAAGGUGGAACGCUGCCGAGGGCGAUGCGCGCAGGAAUGUCAUUUGGACAUGAAUCUUUCAAGUUAGAUAUUAUUCUGCCACUCUUGGUUCCGUUUCAUGGUGCGCAUUCACGCACAUCCACGGAGGGAUUCCUGGGGCGAGGACUAACGCAUUUACGCCGUCUUCUUGGGAGACGAAGGGGUCUUGAGCUGGUUGUCCGCAACUUUUUGCAACACGGCGGAUGUAACGUCCUUGGUGACAUCGGCGGCGAGGCCAGAAAGGUCGCCGACAACCUUGCCGCUGUUGUUCUUGAUGUUGUCAAUAGCGCCGUCAAUGGUGGAUUCGUGGCGCUUCAAGAAUGGUUGAAGAAAGUGGGUGAAGAGGAAGGUCGCGCCUUGAGUGGACGGCAAGAACAGCCAGACGAGGAAGCCCAACUUAAACGCGUAGUAGAACGGGAUGAAGUACAGCAAAAAGUCGACAAACACUUCGACGAUUUGGAACAUGCUGUACACGACCCAGUAUGUCAGCCACUGGGUGUCGUCGUGGGAGCUGUCACUUUCAAUCGCCUUGAACGAUUCGUAGGCAGGGUAAACAAACCCGACCAAGUUACACAAGAGGCCAGCACCGAACCCGAGCAACACGACGAGGAGAAGGACAACCGACCCGCCAGCGGCAAGGUACAACUUGUCCAUUCCCGUUUGCUUCUCCGCUUCAACGAGGAGGGGCACUUUAUUCAAUUCCGCUUUGAUCUUGUCCGCGUACGCUUGGACUUGUUCCAUGAUGAUGCUUGUCGUCGAGAUCGAGAAUUCCAC